AUGAUCAAUGAACCUGUCCGCUUCCCGUAUGAAGCACAGUAUUCAUCAGUGAUUGAGAGCAAGAAAAGAGACCAAUCAUACCGUUACUUUCGAAAUGUCAACCGCCUCGCCCGCGAGUUUCCUCUCGCACAUUCGGCCGAGGGUAAAUCGAUUAACGUUUGGUGUACGAACGACUAUCUCGGCAUGGGAGGAAACCCAGAAGUGUUGCAAGCGAUGCACGCAGCGCUGGAUAAAUAUGGUGCUUGCUCGGGCGGGUCACGAAACAUCUCGGGACACAACCAGUUUGCCGUGUCGUUGGAGAAAGCCUUGGCCAAGCUUCACCGCAAAGAGGCGGCACUCUACUUCAGCUCGGGGUAUAAUGCCAACGAUUGUGCUCUCACGGUCUUGGGGCAACAGCUUCCCGGGUGCGUCUUCCUUUCAGAUGCGUCCAAUCACUCUUCCAUUAUCGAGGGUAUCCGUCAUUCAGGGGCGAGGAAGUCUGUAUGGCGGCACAAUGACCUUGUUGACCUGGAGAGCAAGUUGGCUGCUAUCCCACUAGGAACGCCCAAGGUCGUUUGCUUUGAAUCUAUCUACUCUAUGUGUGGCACAGUCGCUCCAAUCGCCGAGGUCUGCGACUUGGCAGAGCGCUAUGGUGCCCUUACCUUCCUUGACGAAGUCCAUGCCGUCGGCCUUUACGGUCCGCACGGGGCUGGUGUCUCAGAACACCUUGACUUUGACGCCCAUGUGUCCGGCUCUGCCUCGUCAGAGCGCACGGUAUUGUCCCGUAUUGACAUCAUUUCGGGAGCGCUAGGUAAAGGCUUCGGCACUAUGGGCGGCUACGUAGCUGGCUCCAAGGACUUGGUCGAUAUGAUUCGUUCGCUCUCGCGUGGGUUCAUUUUCACAACGGCGGCGGGCCCGGCGACCAUGGCCGGUGCGGAAGCGGCCAUUAACUUCCAGCGCCACAAUCCCCAAGACCGUAUCCAGCUCCAGCGCAACACGCGCUUGGUGAAACAACGGCUUCUUGAGCAUAAGCUGCCUGUUCUCCCCAAUGCCUCGCACAUCAUUCCCCUCAUGGUUGGCGAUGCUGCACGCUGCAAGAUGGCAGCAGAUAGGUUGUAUGACGACUAUGGCAUCUACGUUCAGCCCAUCAAUAGCCCCAGCGUGCCUGUGGGCCAGGAAAGACUUCGCAUCUCACCCACCGCCGCCCAUACGAAAGAGCACCAGGACAUCCUGGUUAGCGCGUUGGCCAAGAUCUGGGAUCAGCUAGGGCUGAGGCGGCUGGACGACUGGGCCAAGGACGAGCGGGGACAAGCUGUGGAGGGGUGGGAGACCUCAGGCCUGGACGCGGCUGUGUGGGGGAGUGAGCAGUUGGGCCUCGCUGCUUCCACGCCUAAUCGGCAUGGUAAAGGGUUCGUAGCGCAGCAUUUGGCCGCCGAAAGGUUUGUGUUGGAAGAUUCGUUACUGGCGUCGAAGUGA